UUCCCAAUGCGCGCCUUCGGCAUUCUCGAUUCCGCACUGCACGAAGGACCAUCACUCUUUCGUGUAUCGGCGUGACCAUCACUCGUGGGGCGCCAUGUCUGGGCGCGCGUCCAUCGGCGACUAUGUCGUCACCAGCAAACUGGGCAGCGGCUCGUUCGCUGUUGUGUACAAGGGCUACCACAAGGUGAGCAAGACGCCGGUCGCCAUCAAGGCGCUGUCGCUACACAAGCUCAAUAGCAAAUUAUUGAGCAAUUUGGAGAUGGAAAUCGCCAUUAUGCGCCAGAUCGACCACCCGAACGUCGUCAAACUCUACGACAUCAAGAAGACGGAGAAGCACAUGUACCUCGUGCUCGAAUACUGCGCGGGGGGCGACCUACAGCACUACAUGCGACGUCAGCAGCAACAAAAUAGCGGCAAUUUGUUACCGGAGAGCGUGGCUAGACACUUUCUGCGCGAACUGGCCAAGGGAAUGCAGUGUUUAUGGCAGCACAACCUCAUCCAUCGAGACCUCAAGCCACAGAACCUGCUACUCGUCGAGGACUCGCCUACUUCGGCGCUGAAAAUCGCGGACUUUGGCUUCGCGAGACAAUUAGCAGCGACGUCCAUGGCCGAGACGCUGUGUGGAUCUCCACUAUACAUGGCACCAGAGAUUUUAAAGUUCCAGAAGUACGACGCCAAGGCCGAUCUCUGGUCCGUGGGUACAAUUUUGUUCGAAAUGCUGACUGGUCGUCCACCUUACGGCGGCGCCAACCACGUGCAAUUGCUGGCCAAUAUUGAGCGUCAACCGCUACGCUUCCCGCCCACUUUGCAGCUCUCCAGACCGUGUCGCCAUCUGCUGGUGGCUUUGUUGCAGCGGAAACCGGCGCUCCGUCUCGGAUUUGCCGAAUUUUUCGCCGAUCCGUUCGUGGAUCUGCAGCCGUUACCGGAGCAGGUUGAAGAAGCCGAAGCAGCGCGUCGGUCGUCAUUUUCAACGACCGCGAGUAUCCGAGAGGAGGAGGAGGAGGACGAACAGGGACAUUCAGAACGUUGGGGAGUGUCUACGAGCAGAUCUGGAGCUGACGAGGCGUCGACGACGCCUCGUCGAGGAUCCGAUCGACGGUCUCGUGCUUUCUCCGUUUCUCAUGAGGCAAGUUCGAGCUCAAAGUUUGCGAGUACAGCACCGUCGACGCUGUUGCGUCAGUCACGUAGCGGCAACUUGGAAGUCAUGGAGACUGCCUUUGCUAGUGCCAGUUCGGGCUCUGGAGCUCUGCGUCGGUCGUCGUCGUCACGACUGGCGCGCAGUCGACGCGCCUCGUCCAGUGGCAGCGGGUUAACUGGAGUGAAUGCAGGUACGAGCCCCAAGCUCAGUCCGCAGAUGAGUCCGCAGAUCCUGCCCAGCCCCAGUCCAAGAAUUAACCCAUUCAAACAGCUUUCAGAGUCUCCUCCUGGUGCCACAGCAGCUCAACAACAGAUGUCUGGGUCUCGGAUCAAGACUUCUCAACCAAAUAACAAUGAUGCUAUUGUGACAAGACCGAAGAGCGGUGGAGGGGGUCAUGCUCUGGACAGUAGCGGCGAGUAUGUACUCGUGGAUGAGUUGUCAGAACGUCCCGCUGUCGGUGGAACUGCUGGACGUCAGGAAAUGCCCCGUGCAGGUGGAGAAAGCAGCAAUGGAUCGACUCCGGGAGACGUGGCUACGAGAGCGCUACCCUCCGCUAGCAAUGCUCCUACAGAGAAUUUCUCUCGAGAAUAUGGACAGCAGCUCAUCGACAUUGUGGUGCUGCGUACGCAGGCUAUUGCUCCGAUUGCUGAUCAACUCUGGACAUUAAGUGGUUCUGGAGAAACAACGUCAAGCUCUGGGACUGAAAAUACCGGUGAACCGGUAGCAGAAGACUGGUCUCCACAGCAGACAGAGGGCAACUCAUCGUCGUCAGGCGGGAAACGUGCAAGCGUGAACUUCUCGACUGUGUUUUCCAUGAGCUCGUCGCUAGCCUCUUCGAUCGGCGUGAGUAGUACUCUUAAUGAUGACGACGACGGAGACGAUGACGACGAUGACGACGAAAAGCGCAAUGCUGAACGUCAAUACGUGUAUGCUGCGGAGGCCCUGGCGUUGUAUGUCAAGUGCUUACGACUCGUGCAGCACGUUGUGCUGUAUUUCCGCCACGAUCCGACAUCUCGGACUUCGAUGGGGUCUUCCGGAUCAUCAGGAGUUUCAGGAUGGAGCGAAACAAGUCGGAAAGUGUCGAUGGCGUUCUUGUCCGAACAACUGACUCAUUUCCUGGAUCGCGCAGAGCAGUGCAAGACACGUAUGGCACGUCUCCGAACUCCAGCGCGUCCUGUCGCUACUCAGGAGGAGUUGCUGUACGCUCACGCACUUCGAAUUGGACGCCAAGGUGCCAUCCGCGAAGUUUUGGGGCAAACUCGAGCUGCACACGACCACUAUUUGCAGGCUUUGCUGCUUUUAGAGAGCUUACUCAUGGACGCAAAUGGAAAUGUGCUCGCUGUGGAUGACCAGAAGAACGUCAACACUUUCCUGCGUGCACUCGAACAGCGCUUAAAGAACGUUCGCGCUUCGCUCGACGAGAGCUCAGGUAUGCCGCCUCGACCUGCAGUACUGUGACGGUAAGGGCCACCAAUGAGUACGUG